UAUGAGCCAUCCAUUCACAAAAUUCAUCAAAAACGCUGGCACCCUCCGCGUCUCUAUCUUCUUCUUCUUCUUUCGCCCUUCCCUUCGCUUCCCAUCCACGACAAUUUCACGCCAAAAUAAUCCAAAAGAUUAUAAAAAAACAUCGAUACGCAGCAGUUUCAUCCCCACUACUUCCCACCACGCCACAACACUCCGCCACACACACAAAACACCACUUUACUCUCCCUCUCCUCACUUUCUCUCUCUACUCUGUUUUUCCAUGAGGGGUUCGCAUUCGAUCGCUUCCUAAAAGCUCCCUCUUCCUUUCUUUCAUUCUCUCUCAUGGCUUGCCUGAGCGAUGAGAGCUGGGUCGCCCUCCCCAAAAUGCUCUCCGACGGCCUCUCUCUACCGGAAGACGACCGCCGCGACGACGACGACGACGACGACGACCAGGCCGGGUUUUUCCGGUCCGAGUCCACCGCGUACAGGUUAGAGAAGGUUUUUCCGGUCUACGCAUUGGGGAUUCCGAAACCCGAGUCCGACCCGGUUGGACUUGCUUCCGUUUCGGGCGACCCGAUUUGGGAUGCCGUCCGGGAAGAGGCCAAGUUGGAGGCGGAAAAGGAGCCAAUUUUGAGUAGCUUCUUGUAUGCGAGCAUCUUGGCACAUGAUUGCUUAGAGCAGGCGUUGGGGUUUGUUCUCGCCAACAGACUGCAAAACCCGACGCUUUUGGCAACUCAACUGAUGGAUAUAUUUUAUGAUGUGAUGCUGCAUGAUAGAGAUAUUCAACGAUCCGUUCGCUUAGAUGUGCAGGCAUUUAAAGACCGUGAUCCAGCCUGCUUGUCGUAUUGUUCGGCCCUAUUGUAUCUUAAGGGCUACCAUUCUUUGCAAGUACAUCGAGUAGCUCAUUCAUUGUGGAAUCAAGGACGAAAAGUAUUGGCCUUGGCGUUACAAAGCCGAGUUAGUGAGGUCUUUGGAGUGGACAUUCACCCAGCUGCAAAAAUUGGAGAGGGAAUAUUGUUGGAUCAUGGUACUGGUGUGGUUAUUGGCGAAACUGCUGUUGUAGGAAACAGAGUAUCACUGAUGCACGGUGUGACUUUGGGGGGAACCGGGAAGGGAAUUGGUGAUCGACAUCCAAAAGUAGGUGACGGUGCACUAAUUGGAGCCAGUGUAACUGUACUUGGGAAUAUCAAAAUAGGUCGAGGAGCAAUGAUAGCUGCUGGUUCCCUUGUGCUGAAAGAUGUCCCUCCACACAGCAUGGUGGCAGGAAUACCAGCAAAGGUCAUUGGAUAUGUAGACGAAAUAGAUCCUUCGUUAACAAUGAAGCAUGAUGCUACCAAAGAUUUUUUCGAAAAUGUAGCUGUUCGGUGUAGAGAUACAAGACCUGCUGGAGGUCAGAGCUCAAGAAGAAGUGAUGGGAGCACUUGAGAUAUGUAGGUAGGCGUAGAUCUCCGUUCGUAAAUUGCUAGCGUGAAGGCAGUUUGUGGUCUUCAGAGAGAAACUGACUUAUUGUAUCGGCUUGAAGUAUACAAUUUCAUUAACCAUGUUCUCUCUUCUGCUGCCUAUGCUGAUGCAGAGAUUCUUGUAUGAGCGGUUUUAAGUACUGGAGAUUUUAAUCUAGGCGCCUGAUUUUCUUCAUUUUACUACCAUAACAAAUUGGGAGAACCAGCAGCAAGAUUCUUUCGAAGUACCCAUGAUCCAGAAAGAAUAAAACCCCUGAUCGGAUGAGGAGAAGUCGAAGCUAGUUGGGGAUCGACCCUCGUUAUUUAUCUUAUUGUGGUCAAAAUGAACUGCCUUAUAAUGUAUUGGAUGCAACAGAAGAAAAGAAAUUGAUAGGAGUUUUGAGUCCGUCAUUUUAUUUUUCCCUGUUGGCGGGUGAACAAUGUAAUCUUUCCAUAUGUACUAAAUAGGUAAUGUCAUUUUUGCUGCUAUAAUCUCUUUACUUGGAA